CUUUCCCUCUCCUCCUCCUCCUCCUCCUCCUCCCCCCCCCUACCCCGCCCCCCCAUCAUCAUCAUAACAAGCAUCUCCGCAAGAGAGGAAGACACCCUGACCCAGGACCUUAAACGUUAGGACCUGGGGAGGCGGAGAGGGGCCGCGGGGAAGAGAAAGGAGGACCAGGGGAGUCUGCACAGCCCAGCACCAGAAACUUUCCAUCCUGGAUUCUCUACUUUUGCUCCAUGGACAGAGCCCCAGCCAGCCAAGUUUCAGGCAGACCGUGAGCAGGCCACCGAGACCCGCGGCUUCGGCGCAGAGCGCGCUGCCGAGCCGGGCUACCUGGAGGAAAACUUUCCAAGGCGAUUCUAAAUUUGGGGGUGAAGAAGGCUACCUCGGGCACCUCGGAAUUUAGCUGCCUUUUGCUCGUGCGUUUUCUACGGAGGAGCUUUUAAAAGGCCCUUGGGAUCCGAUGGAGAUAAGAACGCUCCCAGUGAUAACGACGCGAGCCCCCGCCCCAGUGAUGGAAGGUCCUCCGGAGGUCCCUGCGCGUUUUAUUGCGACCUGCCGGUGGGAACUUUGUCUCCGAGUCGCAGCAGCAUGGAGCGGCGGAGCGAAAGCCCGUGUCUGCGGGACAGCCCCGACCGGCGGAGCGGCAGCCCCGACGUCAAGGGGCCUCCCCCGGUGAAGGUGGCCCGGCUGGAGCAGAACGGCAGCCCCAUGGGAGCCCGCGGGAGGCCCAACGGCGCCGUGGCCAAGGCCGUGGGAGGUUUGAUGAUUCCCGUGUUUUGUGUGGUGGAGCAGUUGGACGGCUCUCUUGAAUAUGACAACAGAGAAGAACACGCCGAGUUCGUCCUGGUGCGAAAAGAUGUGCUUUUUAGCCAGCUGGUGGAGACUGCGCUCCUGGCCCUGGGUUACUCUCACAGCUCUGCCGCCCAGGCUCAAGGAAUAAUCAAGCUGGGGAGGUGGAACCCUCUCCCCCUCAGUUAUGUGACAGAUGCACCCGACGCGACAGUGGCCGACAUGCUACAAGAUGUCUAUCAUGUGGUGACGUUGAAAAUCCAAUUACAAAGUUGUUCGAAGUUGGAAGACUUGCCUGCAGAGCAGUGGAACCAUGCCACAGUGCGCAAUGCCUUAAAGGAACUGCUCAAAGAGAUGAACCAGAGCACAUUAGCCAAAGAAUGCCCUCUCUCCCAGAGUAUGAUUUCAUCCAUUGUAAAUAGCACAUACUAUGCCAAUGUGUCAGCAACCAAGUGCCAGGAGUUUGGGAGAUGGUAUAAAAAGUACAAGAAGAUUAAAGUGGAAAGAGUGGAACGAGAAAACCUUUCAGACUAUUGUGUUCUGGGCCAGCGUCCAAUGCAUUUACCAAAUAUGAACCAGCUGGCAUCCCUGGGGAAAACCAACGAACAGUCUCCUCAUAGCCAAAUCCAUCACAGUACUCCAAUCCGAAACCAAGUGCCCGCAUUACAGCCCAUCAUGAGCCCUGGUCUUCUUUCUCCUCAGCUCAGCCCACAACUUGUCAGGCAACAAAUCGCCAUGGCCCACCUGAUAAACCAACAGAUUGCCGUUAGUCGGCUCCUGGCUCACCAGCAUCCUCAAGCCAUCAACCAGCAGUUCUUGAAUCAUCCGCCCAUUCCCAGAGCAGUUAAGCCAGAGCCAACCAACUCUUCUGUGGAAGUCUCUCCAGAUAUCUACCAGCAAGUCAGAGAUGAGCUCAAGAGGGCCAGUGUGUCCCAAGCUGUCUUUGCAAGAGUGGCAUUCAACCGCACACAGGGGUUGUUGUCUGAGAUUCUGCGUAAGGAAGAAGACCCUCGGACGGCCUCUCAGUCUCUGUUAGUGAACCUGAGGGCCAUGCAGAAUUUCCUCAACCUGCCAGAAGUGGAGCGAGAUCGCAUAUACCAGGACGAGAGAGAGCGGAGCAUGAACCCCAAUGUGAGCAUGGUCUCGUCGGCCUCCAGCAGUCCCAGCUCCUCCCGCACCCCUCAGGCCAAAACCUCGACACCGACAGCAGACCUCCCUAUUAAGGUGGACGGCGCCAACGUCAACAUCACAGCUGCCAUUUAUGACGAGAUCCAACAGGAGAUGAAAAGGGCCAAGGUGUCUCAAGCCCUGUUUGCCAAAGUGGCUGCAAAUAAAAGUCAGGGUUGGCUGUGUGAACUGCUCCGCUGGAAGGAGAACCCAAGCCCAGAAAACCGCACCCUCUGGGAGAACCUCUGCACCAUCCGCCGCUUCCUGAACCUCCCCCAGCACGAGAGGGAUGUGAUCUACGAGGAGGAAUCGCGGCAUCACCACAGUGAGCGCAUGCAGCAUGUGGUCCAGCUCCCGCCUGAGCCGGUGCAGGUUCUCCACAGACAGCAGUCUCAGCCAGCCAAGGAGAGCUCGCCUCCCAGAGAAGAAGCGCCUCCCCCGCCGCCCGCGGCCGAAGACAGCUGUGCCAAAAAGCCCCGGUCUCGCACAAAGAUCUCCUUGGAAGCGCUGGGGAUCCUCCAAAGCUUUAUUCACGACGUAGGCCUGUACCCCGACCAGGAAGCCAUCCACACUCUGUCGGCCCAGCUGGAUCUCCCCAAACACACCAUCAUCAAGUUCUUCCAGAACCAGCGGUACCACGUGAAGCACCACGGGAAGCUGAAGGAGCACCUGGGCUCGGCGGUGGACGUGGCCGAGUACAAGGACGAGGAGCUGCUCACCGAGUCGGAGGAGAACGACAGCGAGGAAGGCUCGGAGGAGAUGUACAAGGUGGAGGCCGAGGAGGAGGCGGCCGACAAGAGCAAGGCGCCGCCCGCCGAGAUCGACCAGAGAUAAUGUGAACUGCCAGCAGGCGAAGCAAUACAGCGCUCCAAGGAUUUUCUCUUUUAGUUCCUUUUAAAAAAAAUUUUUUUUGCUUUAUUUUAUUUGUGUCUUUUUAUGUCUGUUUUGUUUUUCUUACCUUUUUUGACAUGUCUUCGUUGCACAGGAUACACCUAUAGACUAACUUCAGUAUUUCUGAAUCAGACAUAGCCUUGGCAAAGACACGGAAGUGUUACACCAUCCCAGCGGACUGGAUCGCCGUUCUUAGAACCCCGGGAGACCCCGCCUUUGUUCUCCUUGCGCUUACGGGAGAGACAUCAGCAAGUUCCAGGACGAAAAGACCCACGGAAUCAAUGAAGGAAGCUACCAGUGUGUGUAUAUGUAUAUGUAUAUAUCUCUAUAUUUACAUAUAUAUAUUAAAAUUGCAUGGGACAGAGAACUUUACAAUCCGAAAGAAUAGACUGUGAAAUGAGUUCUUAAAGAAAAGACUUGUUUAUGUAUUAAAAAAAAAAAAAACCACUUCACGGUGAGUCGCUUUGGCUUUUUGAUAAACUGUGGCCUGCUCUCAGGGUGGGGUGACUAUUUUUGAAUUCCUAUUUAUUUUUCGUGUUUAUCCCUGAUUUUAUUAUUAUUAUUUUUUUUAAUUCUCUGGCUUCCUAUCUGGCAGCUUAAUGGGUAAUUUUUGAGGUAUGUAUUUAACAAAAUAAAUCAACACUGCCAAAAAAAAAAAAAGAAAGAAAAAAAGAAAGAA